CUUCAUGAAAAGUGGGCAAUUCAACUGAUAUAUUCUUAUAUAGUCAUCCUAUCGAAGAUGAGAAUGACUGAAGAGGUGGCAAAUCUAACUCUCACCACGUCGACAUCAUUCCGAAGGCUGAAUCUCGAGAGUCGAUUUCUUAAGGACUCAACUUGCCACAGUCUUACCAUUUCCAUACUCUAAAUGGACAUUGGCAUAGGAGGACCGCUGAUUUAAGGACUACUGCUCUCUGAUCAUCCGCGGUUUAUCGGAUUCAGCAGUGAGUUUUCGUUUCGUUUGUUUGUUCUGUCUCCAUCUCAACGCCUUCGAUUGGAACACCCCCCACGCCGAUCAUUUUAAUGCCUACUAAUCUUAAUUUGAUCUGCGAGCGCAAGACAAUAGGCUACAAAGCCAGGCUACAACGCGCAGUACACGACAAUCAAAAAUUAUUGAGCGACUACCCCGCAGAAGAAUCUGACCGAGUGUCAGCAAUACGGGCUACAGUAGCUGGCUGCCUGGAUUUACCAACUGCAGCGACAAGCGCCCGUGCCCAUAUUACCAGUUGAGCCAAGACUUGUAGGGAAAAAAUAACAGAUUCAAAUCAUUGACUGUUAUUUCUCAAAGAAGCCCCGAAGACUGGAAAUCUGACCCUUUUAAUAGUGAAUAACAGCUUCGUGAUAUGGAGCUGUCGUGUUUUCCCCACAUAACCGUUACACUUGCUGUCCUUAUAUGCGUUAUCGGUGUAGGGACCGUAUUUUGAAGAUACCAGGCAGUCACAAUAGCCUACAACCUAUGAAACUUCAUCCAAGUGGACGCUGAUGGUGCACGACUGCCUUAUAAAAACACAGUUUGUCGAUUCUUUUGAUGUAGGUUAUUUUGAGAUUAUCAUAAGCAGCUUUGGAGACGUUUAGAUUUUUUGCGUUACAUAUACAGUGAAAGGAGCCUGGAAUUGGCCUUAGGACUUUUCUAUCGCGAAAUGAAUGAGGAUAUAAGAGGAGAGCUACACAAGCAAAACAAAUAAGCAACGUGAAAAUAACUAAAGGACAACAGCGAUUUAAACGUGGUAGCUUGUGUGGACUCCACACUAUUUAUUUUGAGGUAUUAGGAUUUUUAUUGAGUUUUUAUUUGGUUGUGAUUUUUUUAUCAACUCAUCUUUUACUUCUUCAAUCCUUUCCAUAGUUCGUAUGACAUAGUUCUUCAUGUAACGGUUUUGUGGACUGGUCACUUUGCUGGAAGGAAAGAGGUCAUCAUAACUGUUUUGGUUACACUGAAGCAGUGGCAAGAAGCUAAUCAGUAUCACCCGAGGCUGCCCCGCGACCAUUCGGUGUUUCAUGUGCCAGCCUCACUGAUGGUCGGAAUAGAGCUCUCACGAGCCAUCAACAACUCAGAUGCGACCCGGUACAUUUCAAAUAUCUGCAAAGGCUGUUGAUGGAGAGGAUUUCGAAUGACAGCCGGGACAGUGGUCAUCACAGGCGGUAUUUUAGCUACAGUUAUCUUACUGUGCAUCAUCGCAGUACUGUGUUACUGUAGGCUGCAGUAUUAUUGCUGUAAGAAGGAGGAGUCUGAGUCGGAGGAGGAGGAGCCCGACUUCGCGGUGACGUCCCGCCUCCCACCUGUACACGCCAACCAUAACAUCGUGGCGGCGUCAGCCGCCGCCUCCAACCCCAACGGCCCCGCCCUCUUCACCCCGCCGUUGGCGCGUAAACUGACGCGCUCGCAGACAUUCUGCCCGUCGUGCACGCACCAUGAACUGCCCUUCUACCUGCAGCAACCAGACGGACUGCGGAACGGCGGCGACCGCGUCAGCUACCGCAGUGUCCAGCAACACGACCUGGACCUGCCCUUAGAAAUUCCCAGCUACCACAAACUCAACCUGACCCGGUCGGUCACUAUGAGGGACAUGUUCAACCGCAGCUGCAGCAUCAGCACUGACGUUUAGUGGCAUUGAGGACUCAUGGAAAUGGAUGGAAUAUACAAUUGAUAGAUAGUGGGACUGUGAUUCUCCCAUGAACCUCGGUCUUACACUCAGUUAUAACCACACAUUAACUGGCGAAAAGAUAAAUCUGCGAGUUUGUCCUCUCCUCAUUCUGCUUGGUCUGUGGGUACAGUAGGAUGUUGACCCUGAAAUACCAUAGAGUUUCUACACUGUCUGGACUCAUACUGUUGGAUUACCCUAAACCUAAACCGCCUUCUGGUUUAAGUCCACCAAAUCAACCCAAGCUUUAAAUAACAAAAAACAGACUUUGCGUGGUUGCUGCUAAAGAAACCAAGAAGCCAUGGUGAUAAGGAGGAGGGUUAUGGAGACUACUCGCACUACUGUGUCUCUCCACCAAUCCCCAGCCUGAUCACCAGAAGGGGGACAGAGCAGAUCAUAUCCCUAAGUUAUGGAUUAUUCACCCAUCGCAUCAUGGUUUGGAAAUGGAGGAAGAGAGGGGGAAGAACAUGUCAAAGACCAUAAAAGCGUAGGAGAUAAAAGGCUUGGGUUGGAGUGUAGGGGGUGGAGUCCUCUGCUCUGUUUUCUAAAUGCAGUUUUUUUGGAGGGGGAGAGAUAGAGAGCCGGGUUGCUACAAGAGCAUUAGAGACUUGCUGCUUCUCAUGGAUGACCAACCAGUGGUGAAUGCUUGAUCUUUUCUUGUGCAUAAAGCAGGAGAUUGGGAUUCUGUUCUUAAUCUCAAUGUGGAUCCAGUUAGGAUGAGAGGUAUGUGUUUUGCAUACCAAGGAAGUGAUAUCUGGAAAUAAUCCUAGCCAGCGCUGUACACAACACGUUAUCAUACUUUUUCAGACUCUAAUUGGGUUGCAAUAACAUUGAAAGGACACUAAAGGGGGGCGUUUAAGUUAAGUUAUUUAUUAAUGUGAUUUACCAAACAGAAUGUGUCCGGGGUUGGCUUAACCCGUUGGGAUAAAAAAAAGAAGCUAAAUGGAUUUUUGAAAAUAGUUGUCCUUUUUUCAAAGUUUUACUUCAGUCGUUGUCAUUACUGAAUAUUGUGAAACAGCAUCCAUACUAUUUAUGUCUGAGUGCUGAGAAACCAUACAGACGAGAAAAAAAAUGUAUUUUAUACACUUUACUAUGUAAUUUAUGGUUCUUGUUCACUGGAGUUUCAAAUCGUGGUAUUUUCGGAUUCCUUGUGUUGUCUAAUCUGAAUCUAAAUCUGAGAUCCAUAGGCUAAUAAAUCUAGACAACAUUUUGUGGUUUAUCUUCAUUCGAUUGGAUUGGAUUUGGUUUAGCUCCCUCUCCACCCGCCCUGUUGGACUAGGGGGAUGAACUCUGCACUCGAUUUAGAGGCCUGGGAGAGUAUGACCGUUCUCUCUGAGCUCUGCAAGCAGGACUGAAGGAAGCGCUGUGCUGUGUGCGCAGUAUAGUCAGGAUGGGGAAGGAGAGACUGCGGUUGUGUUUUAUACCCUCGGGCCACUCUUUCUAUCAGAUUAUUUACUGCAGAGAUUAAAUCAGAGUGAAUGUGGGGUGGGGGCUGAAAUCUGAUUGGCUCCCUCAUGUUAUUGUCCUCUCACUCCAUCUGUACAUUCAGUGGUAGUGGAUGUUUUGCCUCUUUUUGUCUUCUUCCUUUUACCAAGAAUGUCAACCACCAGUUGACUAGCAAACAUGGUUGUUGUUUUGUUUGAUUGUCCCAGCAAAUUAAACAAUUUGCCCAAAUGGUAUGGGCCUUUUUAUUUAGUUGAUCUAUUGUUGCAUCAUGUGUAUUCCUGCAAACAAACACACAGGCACGCAUACAGUGCAUUCGGAAAGUAUUCUGACCCCUUCACUUUUUACAUAUUUUGUUACGUUACAGCCUUAUUCUAAAAGGGAUUAAAUAUGAUUUUUUACCUCAAACAAAAAUCUACACACAAUACCCAUAAAAUACCCAUAAUGAUGAAGCGAGACAUUUUUGCAAAUAUAUCAUUUUCCUUUGAACAGAAAACCUUACAUAAGUAUUCAGAUCCUUUGCUAUGAGACUCCAAAUAGAGCUCAGGUGCUUCCUGUUUCUAUUAAUCAUCCUUGAGAUGUUUCUACAACUUGAUUGGAGUCCACCUGUGGUGAAUUCAAUUGAUUGGAAAGGCACACACCUUUCUAUAUAAGGUCCUACAGUUGACAGUGCAUGUCAAAGCAAAAACCAAGCCAUGAGGUCAAAAGAAUUGUCCGUAGAGCUCCGGGGACAGGAUUUUGUCGAAGCACAGAUCUGGGAAAGGGUACCAAAAAAUGGCAGCAGCAUUGAAGGUCCCCAAGAACACAGUGGCCUCCAUAAUUCUUAAAUGGAAGAAGUUUGGAACCACAAAGACUCUUCCUGGAGCUGGCCCCCGGGCCAAAAUGAGAAAUCGGUAGAGAAGGGCCUUGGUCGGGGAGGUGGCCUAGACCCGAUGGUCACGCUGACAGAGCUCCAGAGUUCCUCUGUAGAUGGGAGAACCUUCAAGAAGGACAACAAUCUCAGCAGCACUUCACCAAUCAGGCCUUUAUGGUAGAGUGGCCAGACAGAAGCCACUCCUCAGUAAAAGGCACAACACAGCCCACUGGAGUUUGUCAAAAGGCAUCUAAAGACUCUCAGACCAUGAGAAACAAGAUUCUCUGGUCUGAUGAAACGAAGAUUGAGCUCUUUGGCCUGAAGGCCAAGCGUCACGUCUGGAGGAAACCUGGCACCAUCCCUACGGUGAAAAAGGGUGGUGGCUGGAGAAUGUUUUUCAGCAGCAGGGACUCGUCAGGAUCGAGGGAAAGAUGAACAGAGCAAAGUGCAGAGAGAUCCUUGAUGAAAACCUUCUCCAGAGCUCUGAAUGUCCUUGAGUGGCCCGGCCACAGCCCAGACUUGAUCCCGAUCUAACAUCUCUGGAGAGAACUGAAAAUAGCUGUGCAGUGGCGCUCCCCAUCCAAAGACGAUCUACAGAGAAGAAUGGAAGAAACACAUCAAAUACAGGUGUGCCAAGCUUGUAGCAUCAUACCUCAAAAUUCUUGAAGCUGUCAUCGCUGCCAAAGGUGCUCUAACAAUCUAGUAGGUAAAGGGUCCGAAUACUUAUGUAAAUGUGAUGUUUCAGUUUUUGUUUGUAGUAAAUUUGCUAACAUUUCUAAAAACCUGUUUUUGUCAUUAUGUGGAGUGUAGAUUGAUGAGGGAAAAAAACAAUUUGAUCAAUUUUAGAAUAAGGCUGUAAUGUAACGAAGUUUGGAAAAAGUCAAGGGGUCUGAAUAUUUUCCGACUGCACUGUACAUACAUAAAUGUAUGCAUACACAUUAUCUUUCAACAUUUUCUCUUCCUUUUAAUAAACUGAGCCCCACAGGAAAUGUAGUGUCAUAAGGAAUUGUAUGACAGAUAUUAAAGAUGGAAUCAGCGCCACUGUCCGCCCCUUCCCCGCUGUUACUGUUUUUGUUGCAGAGUUUAGGAGCUUCGCACAGCAUGCUAAGAAAAUUGCAGUACAUAUUGUGCUCUUCUAUCACACGUGCAAUGAUGUCCGGGGGGGAAGAAACUGUUUGUUGUUUACAGUAACUUAUUUGUUGUUGUAAUAUCGCAAAAGGACAUGGUUGUUUCACCAUUAAGGAUUCCAGGUUUAAGUACAUGAUUAUAUUACAUUUAUUUAAACUUUUCUUAUUAUUAUUUUUACAGUAUUGGUGUUCUUUGCUGAACUACAGUAUUGCUUUUUUUCAGUAUUUGCAUAUUAUGAUACACUUUUGUUUCCAGCUCUCUAUGGUAAAACAUGUUUCUGUCAUUGUUUCAACUGUAUGACUAAAGAACACAUGGUUACUAAUAAAAGUUUGUGAAAAUCUCUAGUA